UUGACUCGGUGCUGUGCAAGCAAAAAAACGUCAGAGUCCUGUGUCAAUUCACGGAGAAUAAUUGUAUAAUAGAAUGGAUUUUUUUUUAAGUUGAGGGAAAAUAUCGCGGUUUAUGGAGGCAGUUGGGCAGAGAACGUUGAGGUACUCUGUCUGAUGUAGGAGUGGAUCAAUCUAGUCAUUUUCUCUGGGAAUUUGAUAUCGUGAAAACUCUGGGAAGAGGCUCCAGUGGAAUAAAAUCUCGCAGACUGGGGAAAAGAAUCAGAGAAGAUGGUGACACUGUAUUCAGCGGACGAAGUAGCCCGUCACAACAACGAGAAUGAUAUCUGGCUGAUAAUGAACGGUGGUGUCUACGACGUGACUAAAUUCCUGAAGGAACAUCCGGGUGGUGAGGAAGUGCUUCUGACACUUGCAGGUCAGGAUGGAACAACUUGUUUCGAUGACAUUGGCCACACCACCGAGGCCAUCCAAUUACGUGAAACUUUGAAAAUCGGUGAAGUUGGAGGGGACGGAGUAACUAGCACCGAAAAUCCUGGACCUAAUACCUCGAGGAAUGACAACGGCCACAACACUCAAUGGAUGAUUGAACCAGAAAAACAGAAACCAUCACCACUGCUACCAAUCUCCGUCGGCAUUUUUGCUGUUUUCUACAUACUCUUCUUCUACUACUGGAGUUGAUCCACUAAUUUAGAUAAUUAAAAUGCAUUUAGAAUUAAUAGCAAAGUUAAAAUCAGUGGAAUUGUUUUGGGGAGACAGUUAGAAAAAUUAAACUUCAUGUCAAAUCAUUAAUAUCUGUCAACUCAGUGAAAUUUACUGCUAAUUCCUUUUUUUGAGGGGCGGCAAAAUCGUAAAACUCUUGAAAUUUAAGGGACAUUUGAAUUUCUAAUUUAAUACAAAUAUUUACUGUCGAAUUAUUUUGAAAUAUGACGUUUGUUAUUCUUCCAGAUAGAAUCAACAAAAAUUCUGAAUUCUCAAGAGAUCUGAAAUUUCCAGUCCCCAAUUUCCAAUACCACGACAAAAAUAAUUUUUCCACGUCAGAUAAAAUAAAGAGAGUCGAAUAAAACACCGUACUAACUCUGCUGAUACAAGUAAUCUUAUCAGGAGAGAUGAUUACUUAUUUUCAAUUAUUUCCAAUGAAAAUUGUCAAGCACUGGAAACUCGAGAAUAAAAAAAAAAGGAUUCACUUGAUUGAAAGUCACGAGAUUCAGUUUUUUCUGUUUAAAAAAAAAUUAAAUUAACCAGUAAGAAAAAUAUGAGUGUCAUCUAAUCACCGAGCAGCUUCGAAAAGUUGAGAUUGGCAUUCAGUUAGAAUAGUGUGCGUUAGUCUGGUUUACGAGUGUACGAAGGAAGUGGGAGAAUUCCAGACGAUGGAAGGGAGAAUAAAUAUAAGUGUGGGGCGUUGUAUGCCAUGAUAGUCUAACAGGCACCUUCAACCUUCUCCUUAAAAGUGCAUUAGUCCAAAUAAAUACCACCUAGCCUAGAAAAUAAAUCCAAA